UUGGCCUCUGAUUUCAUUUCGAUCUGUUGUUGCUUCUACUGCUGCUAUAUCCUCUUUAGUCGUUAGGCUCUCUAGAAUUAAAGAAAAAUAAAUAGGGGUCGACGAUGAUUACUGUCUUAUUUAAUAUGGACUAAAUAUUCUCACCUUUAUAUCAUCAGCAAAGUUUGUCUCUGAUUAAUUCGAACGUUUGAUUUUGGCCGCUCACCAAUUCCCAGAAUAUGAGGAGCAUAAAUGUAACAAGCCACAACUCUAAUUGUAAUUUGGCUCCAGGAAUUCAGUACUGGAAGUACUUGGUUACUAAUGGGAAAUUCAAUACGAACAAGAUGAGCAAAAUUUCGUUUUGUGGACAUUCCAGUACUUCAACUGGAGGAUGGAGUUGUAAUUUCCAUCAAAAUGGUCGGAAAUCACAUAAUUAUAGGCAUAACUUUUCCAUAUCAUCUUCCCUGGACGAUCAUGCAAUCUCUCCAGAUGACUCAGAUGAUGGAGAUAGUGAUGGCAAAGAUCCAGAAUCUACCAAAGCUGACUCAAACGAUGGAGAUUUAAAUAAGGAAAUAUACAGUGGAAGUAUCAGAGAGAAUCUUGAAAGAAUUGUUGGGCAAGACGAUUCAACGUUUAGUGGGAUAGACCUGGCCACUCUUAUUAGGAACAAGUACGGCAGGUCUUAUGACGUUCAACUUAUAAAGAAGGAGUUCAUGGGAAGAAAUCUGCUGGCUCUAAACGUCAUGUGGAAGUACAGGGAGCAGAGAUCAUUUCCACUGACAGAAGAAGAGUAUAUAUUGAGGCUUGAUGACGUGGCAAACAACUUGAAAUGCUGGGGAGCUGUGUCACACAUCCGGAAUAGCCUCCAAAACUCCAAGGAGAGGCCUCGGAUAGGAAAGGCAGUCAGCAUUUUUAUAGAUAUGGACGAAUCAGGAGGCCGUGCAAAUGAAUGGAUUUACAAGUAAUCGAUCAAGCACAAUAUAGCCGAAUUCAACAAUGAAGGACAACUUUUACCUGAUUUUUUUUUUUUUUUUUUUGCUUGAAAUACCUGAAAUUAAUUACAAAUGU